CCGUCUUCUUGCACUUGCAAUUUCCUUCUCCAACAAAGGCCCAAAAACCCCCCACCAGCUCACGCGCUUCCGCCCUUUUGCGACGACGACGACGACGACGGUGAGCCGCCCCCGCACCGAAGAUACUCCGGCGAAAUGGACUCCCACGCACCGGCUCCGAGCGGCGAUUGCGGCGGGACGUGGUGGACGGACGAGAAGCACCUGCAUUUCCUGGACUCGCUCGAGUCUUCUUUCCUGCGCGCGAUGCUUGUCAGAAGGAGCAACCGCCCCGUCCUCCGCCUCGAUCGUCACUUGCCCGACAGCAGCGACUCGACCAGCGAUUUGGCUCCUCCUGGGACGAGGAAGAGGAGGACAAGCCGAGAUGUUUGCAGAUUGGGCGGCCCUGCUGCGAAGAAGUCGAGGCGUUCACGUCGGCCGUGUAAUCUUCCAUGCGACGAUGAUCAGGUAGUCCCCCAAAUCGCGAAAAGAGCAGCUGACGAGGAGGAAGAAGACCCCACCAAUGUACAGGCUUCCCAAGCCAGACCCACCUGAGAAAAGACCAAAGACAAUAUCCACUGUUCCUGAUUCCUUUUCACUUUCUUUUCUGGUCUGCCGUUGUUGGAAUGCAAUAUAAUAACACUAGGGAGAGAUAGAUAAUCAUGGGUGAGUUUCUUAGGAUAAGAGAAAA